AUUAAGCCAAUAUCGCUGGGCUGCUCCGGUAGGCCAUUCAAUUAGGGACAUUUGAGGUGGUCUUGCCUGCCAUUCUUUCGGACCCUCAGUUGUUGGCAGCGUCUUCUUGCCGAUUUCCAUUCGUUCGAUUUUUCUUGGAUGUCAUACGCGAUCUUAGAUUGUCAGCGCGUCUAGGUUUUGGCCUCGCUAAGCCUUCAGGGUCUGUCUGGAGGAGAUCUUGGCUGUGUGUUCCUCAAGUGACGUUGGUAGACAUGUUGGUUGUAGCUUCUGACGUUAGGUCUUAGUGUGGUUCGCAGUGAUUGACUAUGAGUGUGGCAGUGGUUGAGUUUUCUGUAAUUGGGAUUGUGACAUGAUGGUCGGUGGAUACCUAGGUCUCAAGGACAUGUGCGGAGAAGACCUGAAGCGUCACCAGGGCGACCUGAAGAUCCUGGAUCAGCCGAGGUUGAAUCUUUGCGACGGCAAUCUAUCCUCGCUCAACAGCAUGGGCAGCAACUCUGGCAGCGACGGCGACAAGCCGUCCAAGCAGAAGAGGCACAGGACGAGGUUCACCCCAGCUCAGCUGAACGAGCUGGAAAGGUGUUUUUCGAAGACUCACUACCCGGAUAUUUUUAUGAGGGAGGAGAUAGCCAUGAGGAUAGGACUGACAGAAUCGAGAGUGCAGGUUUGGUUUCAAAACAGACGAGCCAAAUGGAAGAAGAGGAAGAAGACCACCAACGUGUUCAGGACUCCUGGUGCCCUUCUGCCAUCUCACGGUCUUCCUCCCUUUGGGGCUAUGGGGGAUGGUCUCUGCGGUUCUGGCAUGUUCGGUAGCUCCGAGACACGCUGGGGAGUUGCUGGAGUAGCUACAGGACUGGGUCAGCUCGGACAAAGUUCGGUGCCCAUGGGUGGAUUCGGCCAGUCCCUAGGCCAAUUGAAUCAAACUUCUGGUCUCGGAUCUGGCCUGCCCAUAAGUACGGCCAAUACUGUUUACCAGGCCCAUUAUGGUCUAAACUCGUUAGGUGAUACUAUGAUGACAUAUUGCAACAACGGAGCAACAGCGGGGGGCAGUGCCAUCGGGGGCGGUGGCGGUGGGGGUGGCGGCAGCGCCGGAAGCGGCAACGGCAGCUCUCCGCCCCCGCAGAUCUCGUGCUCGAGCGCGGCGACCCCGCCAGUGGCGUCCGUUGCCUCGUCGACGGACCAGGAGGAAGACAUCUGGAGGGGGCACAGCAUAGCGGCGUUGCGACGGCGGGCGUCGGAGUUGAACGCCGCCAUACCGUCGUACCUCCAAAUCAAUUACGACACUCACAAUAACGCUUCUGUAUAUUAGUUACGGUUGUAUCGAUCGAUCUCUUGCGAUUUUGCGUGGGAAGAUGGUUCGUCGUAGUUGAAAGACUUUGGAAGAGUCCAUCGGACAAGGAUAGGAACGAAUAUUUCUCUUUCUUUCUCAUCUAUAGAUAUGCUUUGAGAAAAAAUGAAUUUCUUCCAUUUUCUUCCUAUUGGUGGAAAUGUGAAAAUGCAAAGAAAUCAUACGCAAGUGUUAAGAUCUUCUGAUAAUUCUUAAAUCGGAAUCGAGAACUGCCCAACUUUUAGGAAUGAUUGUUUUAUCCACUAUUCAUUAUUGAGUUAAAGCUAUACAGGAUGUUCACUUAAGAUGCGGAUACGGUUUCAUGUCAUAAAACAUAAAUACCGUAGAUUCGGGUGCCUUGGGACGAUUGUUGAAUUCAACUUGUCAUAUUUUUGAAACGGUGACCUAUUUUUAUCUGAAAAAGAGGUUCGAAUAUGCUUAAUGACUCCGACUUUUGAUUAG